UUAUUUAAUUUUUUUCGGAUGAAUAGAAAAUUUAUUUAGAAUAGAGCGUGAAUAAGGUUAAAUAAAUUCUCGUAGCAGCGUUUUGUUUUCCCACCACCGCGACCCCUUUCGCUCUCCCUCUGCGCAAACAUGUUGUUCUUCUCGUACUUCAAGGAUUUGGUGGGGAGGGAAGUAAUCGUGGAGCUGAAGAACGAUUUGGCCAUCAAAGGGACGUUGCAUUCUGUUGAUCAGUACCUCAACAUCAAGCUCGAAAACACUAGCGUCGUCAAUCAAGAAAAGUACCCUCACAUGCUUUCUGUAAGGAACUGCUUCAUCAGAGGUUCGGUAGUGAGAUAUGUGCAAUUGCCUCCAGAAGGUGUGGACAUUGAAUUAUUGCACGAUGCCACAAGAAGAGAAGCUCGGGGCGGUUAAUGUCUUCAUUUUGUGUUGUAAUCUUAUUUAAUGAGAGAAUUCAGUGGGCUUCCAUAAGGUGGAUGUUAUCCUUCCUACUGCAGAAGGAAACUCUUUUCAGAUGUUAAGGCUAUGUAACUGCAUUGCUUUUUCCUUCCCCUAGUGCCUCUAUUUUCAAAGAAAUA